AUGUCGUAUCCACCACCAGGAAGCUAUCCAGGAUAUCCCCCAUCUAAUACUGGUUAUCCACCAUCUAAUACGGGUUAUCCACCAGCUGGUAAUCCAGCAUACCCGCCUGCUCAAAAUCCUGGUUAUCCACCGGCUGCUCCUGCAGCUUAUCCACCAACUCAGACUCCCGGAUAUCCACCAGCUAAUGUACCUGGUUAUCCGCCAUCUAGCACUCCUGGUUAUCCGCCAUCAAACACUCCUGGUUAUCCGCCAUCAAACACUCCUGGUUAUCCGCCAUCAAACACUCCUGGUUAUCCGCCAUCGAACACUGCAGGGUAUCCACCAGCAAACACUACUGGCUAUCCACAAUCUGGUUACCCAGCGAAUCCGCCAGCUGGUUCACAGCCAUAUCCAUCUAAUCCUAGUUAUGCUGCAGGCUCUAACUAUCCUUUGCAGGGUUAUCCAGCAACUGGUCAGAGUUACCCAGCUGCAGGUACAGCUUAUCCUGGUAUGACUCAACCACCAACUUCUACAACAUCUUCAUACAAUUCAUAUCAAGCAGCUCCACCAUCUGGAUCUGCAGCUAUGCCCGUCCCGUAUCCUACAGGGACAGCAGCACCGCCAACGCAGCAACAGUUGUACAGCACUCCAAAUAUGCCUGCUCAGCAGCCAACAGUCCCACAACCAGCUCAACAAAGUUACGGUGCACCUCCGGUUGCAGCUCCUCAAGCAACGGCUCCGCAGCUAGGUAGCGCAAAAUACACCUCAAUACUAAAUUUUUACGAAUUGCUUUAA